AUGUCAGACCAGAAGACUCCUCUCGAGCCGCCGCCGGCCUACGAUGCCGACUCGGAACACACUCCUCUCGUCGCUGGCGCACCCGCUCCUGUCCGCCAACAAAUUGCCCGCGCUCCUCUACCCCUCGAGCUUCCCGCCCUACGGGCUCUUCGUGGCAAGAGAGUCAUUCUGGCAUCCGCCUCGCCACGACGAAAGCAGCUUCUCAACCAAAUUGGCCUGCGAGACCUGGAGAUCAUCCCCUGCACAGCUCCGGAAGACUUCAGCAAGACGCUUGCUCCUUUCGAAUACGUCCUACAAACAGCAGAGCAAAAAUGCACUUUGAUCUACCGUCAAGAGAUUGAUUCUGAAAAAGGCGAACCCGCCCUGGUCAUUGCUGCCGACACGGUUGUUGUGAGCCCCAUGGGCGACAUUCUGGAGAAGCCAAGAAGCGAGAGAGAGCACAUUUCAGUCCUCAAGGCUUUGAGGAACAGCGGCUGGCACAAGGUUUACACAGCUGUCGUCUGUAUGGCUCCCUUAGAAAGUGCCAUGGACCCAGGCUAUGCUUUGAAGAGACACGUCGAAGAGACCAACGUCAAGUUUGACUCUGCAGUAUCCGACGAACUCAUUCUCGCGUACGUCAAGACUCGCGAAGGUGCCGACAAGGCAGGUGGCUAUGGUAUCCAGGGCAUGGGCGCCAUCCUUGUCGAGAAGAUUGACGGUUCAUACGACAACGUUGUCGGUCUACCACUUAAUGCUACCAUGAAGCUUAUUGGUCAGGUCCUGAACCCAGACCUGCAAGCUGAGGAAGAUGAAGAGGAUGAGUGA